UCCACUUAAUUGGACGAUUGCCGCUCGCUAUCGAAUGAACAUUUAAGUCCGUUAAGAAAAUCUGACUCGGGCAAUGCAUUGGCAGUACCGUACUGAUUUUAUUUACACCCACUUUUUACUGGAAAAGGAUUUCACAUUUUAAAAAGUUGCAUAGUCCAAGCGGUUUUUUAUUAUUAUUAUUAUUGUUUUUAUCAGAAGCCAAAGUCUAACGUAUAUUGUCUAACCUAUUGAACGGUCCGCUGUGUAACGCUGAAAAGUUCUUGCCGCGUUCAGAGUAUUGUAGCUGCAGGUUCACGUUACACUUAAUUGUACGAUUGCCUCGUAUGCUACUGAAUGAGCAUACAUUCUGCAAACAGGUCCUCAAAAUCAAGAUUUUAUUCCUCUACAGAUCAUCUACGUCACCUAAAAGCAACAAAAGUAGACAUGCGGUGGUGUUUCAGCUUUGCUCAAACCCUCGCCUUCAUGCACAUGGCCGUGGGCCAGGAGAAAUCUGACGGUGACCGUGCUGUGGGUGGCAUGCUGGUGUACCCAACUGAUGGCAGCCACUGGAUGAGCCUACGUGCUCUGUCCCUCGCCUUGUCUCGGCGUGGUCACCGAGUGGUCGUGGCAUUGCCCGCGACGGGUAAUCUGAUGGUGGGAGAGACGCCUGGGUUAGACUCGGAGACCUUCCCCGUGCCUUUUUUUGAUGGGGAGAAGAAGAAGCAAAGUUCAGGAAGUUUUUUGCGUGAUGUGGUGUUUGCGGAAAAGGGUGGCUCUACAGGAUUCCACUUUACGCACUUGGAGAGCAUGAAUAAGAGGUUUGCCGUAAUGUGUGACAGCUUACUCGGCAAUGUUGCUGUGAUGCAGCGACUUCGGGCCCAUAACUUCGAGGUUCUUCUCGCUGACCCCAUGGAUCCAUGUGGAGCAAUUUUAGCUGAUGCACUGGGGCUCCCUUCAGUAUUUCUAAUGCGUGGUAUUCCUUGUGAUAUCGACUUAAAAGCUGCCCACUGCCCAGCACCAUCGUCGUACGUUCCCCGAAGUACUUCAAGGUUUACAGACCACAUGAGUUUCACCGAGCGGGUCACAAACAUGUUGACGGGCCUGGAGCAGGAUCACCUGUGUAUUGACUUCCUUCUGAAACGCUUUGAUGAGCUGGCCAGGCGCCACCUGGGCCGGGACGUUACGGCCAUGGAGCUGCUUAGCAAUGCGUCCAUCUGGCUGCACCGGACAGACUUUGUCUUUGACUAUCCCCGCCCGACUAUGCCCAACAUGGUGAACGUCGGAGGUAUGACAUUCGAUGAUGCGAGACCUCUUCCACAGGAUUUGGAGGAGUUUAUGCAGAGUUCUGAGGAGCAUGGUGUGGUCGUGGUGUCAUUUGGAUCCAUGGUGUCGGCCAUUCCUUCUAGAAUAGCAAACGUUCUUGCAGAGGGCCUGGGCAGAAUCCCACAAAAGGUUAUAUGGCGCUAUGAAGGACCAACUCUCGAAAAUCUCUCGAACAACACAAAAGUGAUGUCAUGGUUACCACAGAGGGACCUCUUAGCCCACGCUAAGACUCGUGUAUUCGUGACGCACGGGGGAUUGCAAGGCAUCUUCGAGGCCAUCUGCUAUGGCGUCCCCAUGCUCGGCCUGCCACUCUUCGGGGACCAGUUCGAAAACGUGGCCCGCAUGCAAAACAAGGGUGCAGCACUGGUGCUCAACAUUCACUCCCUCGACGCUGGCUCUCUCGCCUCGUCCAUCUCCACAAUCGCCACUCACAAGAGCAGCUACAAGGAGAAGUCAUCACUUCUCUCGCGUCUGCACCACGACCAGCCGCAGAAGCCCAUGGACAGGGCAGUGUUCUGGGUGGAGUUUGUGAUGCGGCACGGUGCGGAGCACCUGCGAGUGGCGGCUCACCACCUCACCUGGUACCAGGAGGCCGGCUUUGAUGUGGCGGCGUUUCUGCUGGCAGCCAUAGUCCUGGUGACAAGCGUGUUGACUGCGCUCAUCACGAUCUGCUGUCGCUGGCUCUGUAGGGCCAAACACCGUAACGCCACUGUAGGCAAAGAAAUGGCAGCCUCUAAAAAACUCAAGUAAUUGUUAUGUUUAAACCGAUUUUUCAAACAGCCACGCAUGCUUAAUUCGGACAGUGGGGCAGCCUUUUGGCAAAUUCCCUUCAAAUCAUUGAAUAGAGAAUGCUCUUCUGGAAAAAUGAUUCGAGAUUAUUUGCUGAUUAAAAUUUAAGGUUGUGAUUUGAUUUCUAAUUUUUAAGAAAGUUAUACAAAAGUUAAGACGGUUUGUAUAAAGUCAAUUGAGUGGUGGCAAAGCAUAAUACCAGUGGCCCUGUUAAUGAGGUGAUAACAUGGCCCCGAUAAGACAUGGUCACACCAGAACAAUAACGGUGGACCCUUUAAUGAAGGAUAAGCAGACAAUAGUCUCCUUCAUAUAUCUGUCUCUCCACAAAAAAAUUGAGGAAAAAGUAUUGUCUUGAAUGAGACAUUGUCUGCUUAUAUAUUUUGUUACUUUAAUUCUACACACCAACGUGAAUGAUUGUUUUGUGUCUUCAAUAAAGGGGCUAUCACAGUCAA